AUGUCCUCCCUCAUCAUACCGUUUGAGAGCCCUCUAGGGGAGUGUCUUAGCAUCAUGCCAUCCGAGGGCCUUGUUUAUGCCAUUGAUCACGAGAUUGUCCUCAAGGUUCCGUUCCAACACCUUGUCCGUGACGCCGAUACCGGUUCCUUGGACCAAUCUCUGAAAAGCUUUGUUUGUCAGGAAAGAGAAUUAGCUGUCUACCAAAGUUUGGAGAGAAAUCCUCAUGCGAACUUAGUUCGACGACUUAAGACCAGUCAAGUCGACUGCUUGUUUCUGGAACGAUUGACGCCAUUAGAAAAUGCUUGGCAACUAUCUAGUCAACAAGAUCAACGGAGAUGGGCCUUGGAGUUACUUGAUGCAGUGAGCUGGUUGGAGAGGAAUGGCUGGGUUCAUGGCGAUCUUGCCAUACGGAAUCUUGGUGUUGACGGUACGAACCGUCUGAAAGUCUUUGACUUCGGCUCUGCAAUUCCGCGGUCACACCCUGAUUACAGCAACGAGAUGGCGAGAGAUCACUUUGGUUUAGCGACCUGUUUACAUUUCAUCCUCUCAGGCGAUGAUCCAUUUUCAAGGGCACAAUCCUAUUCUGAAGUCCGAGAGAUCCAGAGGAUUCUAGCGACCGGUCAUGGACUUAUCAAACCUGGCGCCGAGAUCCUUACUGACAUGAUCCAAGAUGGUUGGACCGGGCAUGCAUCUUCUUUGACAUUCGGUCAAACACUUCAACGAGCUAUCAGUAAAAUUAAAGUUCUAGACCAAAGCAUCCCACUAGAACAAUCGGAUAGUCAUUAUCGACAACUGGAAGCUCGAUGCAGGGAUUGGUUGGACCAGGCAGUGCGAAACCCGGAUUGGAAGAAUAUCAAAGAUUAUUCUCUAGCUUGUGAAGCUGCUGGGCACGAGGUAGAUCUGGACGUUUGGCGUUGA